AUGCCAAACGCUUCAAACCCGCAACGACUCCUCUCCUACGCCACCUCCAUCGCCAAGUGCCCUACGGAAACCGUCGCCUACGGCUCCUGCGUCUCUUCUCAAGCCGAGCGAAUCAAACAAGGCGAUUGCAGUGCGGAAUUCAAGAAAUUGAUCGAUUGUGUGACUAAAAACCUGAAAAAGAAAUUAAAACGGGCUAAUCGCCUCCUGACAUUCUUUAAAUACAACUACAAAUUUGUCCCGCCCUAUCGCGUGCUGGUGGAUGGAACCUUCUGUCAAGCAGCUCUCACCGAGAAGCUAAACCUUGCCGAACAAAUUCCCAAGUAUCUAACCGAAGAAACCCAUCUAAUGACUACGAAAUGUGUGCUAGAUGAACUCGAGAAGAUUGGACCGCUGCUCUACGGAGCUCUGGUUAUCGCCAAACAGUUCGAAGUCGCUGAAUGCCCUCAUAAGACCCCGAUUGCUGCUGCGGACUGUUUAUCUCAUCUAGCAAGACGGGCUGCUAGUGGAAAAACGAAAUAUCUGAUCGCCACGCAGCACGAUGAGCUGACGGAGAAGUUGCGGACGAUUGUGGGCACACCGAUCAUGUAUAUCAAGUUUAAGACGAUUUUGUUGGAUAAUAUCUCCGAAGCCACGAAAUCGGGCGCUUCCAAGGACGAGGAGGAGAUCAAGCGACUGAAACAGCUGAAAAAGGAGAUCAUGGGACCAUCAGAUCCACUACAGAAGAAGAAAAAGAAGAAGAAGGGCGGUGUGAAUCCUCUGGCGUGUAAGAAGAAGAUCAUGAAGGCGUCAGUGGAGACGGUGAGGACCGGAGAACGAACGGCGACGGGCAAGAGGAAGAGGACGAAGAAGAAGGCACCUGUGGAAUCUGAUUGA